AUGUCUUUCCAAAAAGUCGGAGUAUUUACUGACGAGGCGCCCACGCUUCGCCCAGGCGUUUACACCCCAGCCAUCGUCGCCAAUGGCUUCGUAUUCACAUCAGGUGUAUUGGGUGCCGAUCCUAUUAUAAAGAAAAUUGUUCAAGGCACGGUUAUUGAUCGAUUUCACCAGAUUAUGAAGAAUCUUGAGGCUAUUCUUCAGCAGGCCAAUUCCGGCCUAGAGGGCGUAGUGGAGGUUACGGUAUUUUUGACCAAUAUCCUCGACGCGGAUGAGUUGUCUGUCCCCUACAAAACAUACUGGGGAGACCUCAAGCCUGCACGCACCUGUGUUGCCGUGAAGGAACUGCCCUAUGGCUCGGAUAUUGAGAUCAAGUGCGUUGCAGUAGUUAAGGGUAGCUGA